AUGCAAUCCUUCAUGGACUUUUGUAGGGAGGAAAAAAUCUAUGAGAAGGUAGAGGAUGUGAAGCUACCGACCGCGGGAGGUCUGCCUAUACAACUCGUCGAGGAUCCAAGCGACGGGCUUGCAUGUACAGAAUCAGCCGACUGCACGCAUGCUGUACGGGAUCUAGCGACCAUGCAUCGACAUGGUCGAGAGAAGCACAACACUACCAGUUUCGUGGACAUCCAGUAUCGAUCCUGCCAGGUCCAACAAAUCUUCACGGUGUUGCAUAAUUCCUACUUCGAGGUCUGCCAGGACGUUAUUAGAGGCGUCAGACCUGACAUAAGGGCCACCCUUGAAGCUACAUUCCUACCUCAAAAUGAUGUUGCAUUGAUCGGUCCAACAGAGACUGAACAAUGGAGGACGCCACUUGUGCACUUUAUGGAUUGGGACAAGUUCCAGGUAGAACUAUGGAUGAAUCCAAUCCAGAGACUAGCAGCAGAUGACAUCAAGAAACGUCAUACCAGUGAAGAAUCUGGUGGGAUACUGACACGUCUCGCUGCUACCGUCCGAGACCACAUGACGAGGGCAUCGACAAUCUUGGAUGGCCAUCCUCAUAGGUUAAGCUUAUCAAAACUCCUGUUGUAUGGUAAUUCCAUACCGCGAGAGACCGACAGUUAUUGGAGGCCCGUGUCAGAUGACAACGUCGACUAUCCAAACUUCAUGGUUCAGCUUAUGAGAGCAAUCGUUCGAAUUCACCUCGGAUCCCCACUCGAGUUCUCAUUCGCGCUGUCCACCGUGCAGACGACGUGUCUCGAAGAGCUUUUGGUUGUCCUCCGCAACGACAACACCUCUCCCCGCAGGCGGAUGAUCGCCUAUCAUAAUCUGGCGUGGUCUUUGGUCGAUACCGACCCGGAUCUGUGCGUGGUCGAUCGAUGGGCAAACCCAAUCAAGCGAGCCAUCUGGCUCAGGGCGCUGCGUGCGGACGGAAACUUCUGUGAAGCAUCCUUCCUUACCCCAGACCUCGCAAAGUUAAAAUACUUUUGCAACAUCACCUCGCUUCUGGAAGCACUGAUGGACAAAGAUGAGGAUGCCGACGCGGUGCAUUUCGACGAUCAUGACCGCGUCAUUCGCAUUCACGAGCGGGUUCUACGCCUCGGUCGUACCACGACGUUUAACAUAGUGUAUGAGAUGCAGCAGUAUGCAUCGUCUGUGGUAUUCAAUCAAACGAGAGAGCCAAACGUCUAUGUCGAUCCCGACGUGAAAUCCAUCACCAUCGGCACCAACACCAUGCAUAUGGACAUGCUUCGGGAUGGCAUACAAAGGCUUCUCCUGGAGUUGAAAUCGCGCUAUUCCGCCCUCACCAAUGACAAUGUCGUGUUGAAGGAGGUUCCAGAGCAGGUCAAGGACGACCUCACAAAUUCGACGCGUGGUUAUUCGCUCGCGUCGGAGGAGCCCUUUUACAAGAAGCGCCAUGCCUUGUUCUUGUAUCUGGUAGAUCACUACGACCUUGCAAUGGUCGACAACGCAGGACGAGUCGCAUGGAACAUCCCCGGAAUAAAGGAGCUUCUCAGACGCUCAUUCCGGGUCUGGGAGCCUCUUUAUCAUUUGCUUUACAUCACCACACACAUCUCCUGUCGCGGCACACAGUUCAUCGACCACAAAGUGAGCAAUGCGGACAGGCAUCGCAACCUGUUCAUGCAGGGCAACGAGAUGUUCCUGCUGACGGGCUACAGCAAAAAGACCGGCAUCACCGAUCGCGACUCAUGCACUCCUGGGUUCGUGCCGAAGGAGGUCGCCUUUUGGGCCCUCGAACUUCUUGCAGGGGGGUUACGCACUGCUGAAGCCAUACUUGCUGGGGUUGCAUUUGGCCCGCAGGCUGAACAUGUAUACAGAACCUAUCUAUGCGUCGGUGAGGGAGAGCGGAUUAGUCCCACGAUGUUUUCCGCCAACAUCCAGCAGUGGAACAACGAAUAUUUCCAAUGUCGAUGGGGAGUGAGAGAUUUCCGGCAAGGCGCGAUCACCAUGGGUCGCGAAUUCAUCGCCACAGACGACUCAAGUGAUGACGCUGACAACAUCCUCGCAGAGUCUCCUGAUCACGACACUGCCAUGGACCAUAGCUUCCAUUCUGUCGUCCAUGGAUUGGUCCCUCGACUGUCCAACAAUAUCAUGUGCAAGCACAGAUGGCUGGGGGAUCAGUGGCACAGCGUUCUUGGUCUCGGUCCAUUUCCUCCUCCUGAAGCGGUUAGACUCAGUCGUAAGCAACUGGCCAAUGGAACAUUCCUUCAGUCCAUAUCGGACCAGGUGAAGAAAGCCACGGAGGAGACUCUCAAAUCCUUUUUUUCUGGUCAGUACACGGAGAUACUGAAGGACGCUGUCUGUGCCGCGAUAAUACAACAGAACAAGGAUGAACGAGAUGCUCGCCCGAUGCGACGGAUGCCUGAAUCUCUGCUCUGUAGUAGCUGGGCCGCGCAAAGCUCUAUGUCCAGUGGUUGUCUGGAUAACGUAUUCCAAGAUCAGAAUGAUGGUAAUCCAUCUGCACUUUCCCCAUCGCAUGGCCCGAGUAGGUACAUUCAUGACAGAAAUGUGGCUGCCGCAGGGAUGUUGUGCGCGAAUUCUAGCAGCCAUAUUUCACGCGGAAAUAUGGUGAUGGACUCCCCACUUCCAGCGUCAUCAAUCCAAACCAUCUCGCACACUGAAUCAAUGGACGAAUCGAUAUUAUUUGAUCGCAAGGGGAAGGGUAGAGCCUAUGGACCUGGCCAGCGGAAAUCAUCGAAAGCCAAUGUGGCUUACUCCACAAGGAACCGCAUGGCUGAUAGCGACAUGAUCCACGAGUCUCCUAGCUUAUCCCCCAUCGCAGUCCGCCCGGACAACCGUAGGGUGUUUGAGCUCAGCCAACGUCGGAAGUACAACCGUAAGGUUGAUGCGUCUGGACCGAAUGGUAGUUCCGCGAGCAUUGUAUCAUCAAGCAUAUCCCCAAUCGCAGACCGCAAGGCAAAGUGUAGGACAUUUGAGCCAUGCAAUCCUCGACUCUUCCAAGCUGCAGUCAAUACUUCAAAAAGGAGGGACGCGGUUCAUAGUGUCUCACAUGACGAGGACUCGGUAACGUAUACGUCCCGUUCAGCUGCAGUCGCAUCCACUGUAUACCGGUCCCGCAAGCGUCAAAUACGGGAUGUGAGCGAGGCAGACACUGGAGAUGACACAUGCAGGCGUCCCAAACGUUUUCGUAGUCAUGGUGACGCAGAUCCGAACUUGGUCAUGGAGGUCAUCAGCCUCUCAAGUGACGAUGACCUGUCAUGUCUCGAAGAGAACCAGUCGCUCAAAUCACUGCGUCAGCCUGUCACUUCGAUUGAAAAGACGUCCCAGGAGGAUCUGAGCGUCUCUAGCGCCGACGACCUGUCAGGUGUCGAUAAUAACAUCCCACUACAACGUCUGCGUCAGCCAAUUAAACAGGUGGCCACAGAGGUUAUAAACGUCCAGAGCGAGGACGACAUGUCAAGCGUUUACGAGAACCAGCCACUGAAACGUCUUCGUAGGACCAGAACUUCCGUUAAGAACGUGUACGUGGAUGUUACCAGGCCAUCCAGCAACGACAGCAUGUCGAAUUUUAUAGUUGAUGAUGGCAGUCGACCAUCCUCACCCCCAAGUGCCGUGCGAGACAUCAGAGAGGAGAUUCGACGCGCGAUCAGACACAUCAGGAGGGAUGACACCGCGAGGGAAAAGAGCUCUGCGCAGAUGAACGUCCUGAUUGCCGUCAUGACUGCAGCUACAGACCUCGUCGUCACGAUGAAGACAGGAGGCGGAAAAAGCAUGUCGUGGAUGGUCCCAUCUGUAAUGGACGAGGAAUCGAGAUCUAUUGUGGUGUGCCCCUUCGUCGCCUUGCUCGAAGAGCAGUACAAGAACACCGCUGCAAGUGGACUGCGGUGUCACAACUACUGUAUCUCAAAGACGGUGCCAGAAGACGUUCAGAUUCUAUUCGUGCAGGUGGAACAUUGCUCGUCUAUCGCGUUUGCUAAUCUACUAGUGUCUGCACUGGGGCAGAAGUUUAACAGGUUCUUCGUCGACGAAUUUCAUGAUAUCUCGACCAGUCAUCCAGGCCGCAUUGUUCCAUGGAAACAACUUGCGCAGCAAUUCGGCAAGAUGCGAAUCAUGAUUAUCCUUAUGACAGCGACCGGACCACCCUGCCGUAUUGCGAGCUUCAUCAAGCCGUUUGGCAUGAAGCGAAACCUUAUCACCGAAGUCCGGUCAUCAACAAACCGUCCAGAGAUCGGAAUGCACGUCGUGCACCUCCAGCCCAUCGCAGCAAUGCAGUCCCUACGCCAUCUCGUUGCCGCUCUAUCCAAACGUCUGGCUGCGGAGGAACGCAUCCUGGUGUUCUGCAAUUCUCAGGGUGAUGCAGAAGGGUUCUCACUGCAGGCCAAAUGUGCCGUCUACCACAGCGACCUCUGGCAGGCUGGAAACACAAAGGCCUAUAACCUGAAUUUGUGGGAUGAAGGGGAGACAAAGGUCAUGGCGUGUACAACAGCCUUUGCACAGGGUAUGGACAGGCCGCACGUGCGAUAUGUGGUGAUAUUCAAGCCGUCAUUUGGGCUUAUUGUUAACAACCAAAUGCUGGGUCGCGCGGGUCGCGAUGGGAAGGAGUCUCACGUGUUCUUCUUACUGACCAGGGGAUCUAUUGCGACGCCACUUGGGAUGCCCGAGGGCGCAGGUCUGCCAAUGAUGACUAGUAAUCCCUUGCUUCGAGGACGGAUUCAAGCUUCACAUCAAAUGUACGCGGAAUUUGUGCCAGCAUCCGCACUGCUUCAUCCAGAGAUCACGGCCCCGAUUCCCUCCCAGCCGAAAUCCCCGUCCAGCGAUGAUCUGUACGACCACGGUUCAUCAGAGCUCAUGUCAUCUGAAGUUCUCAUGCUGGAUUCCAUGGAGGACAAACAAGUGUCUGUGAGUGGCUCCGGAGUCACGCAAGCUACACAGAACAUUCCCAUAGAGUGUGCUCCAGCUUCCCCACUGCUUCAAUCUGUGAGUCUUGAUAUCAUGCUAAUUCUCAAGCUCUGUCCCCAAACGUUAGAUCCACAGAUGGCCAUGCCAGACCAGCUGCAGACCCAGUCAAGCGAUGCUCUGUACGAUCAAGGUACAUCAGAUCUUACAUCAUUUGAAGCACUGAUGCUCGAUGCCAUGGAGAAAUUACACGCUCCGCGGACCACUGGCUUGUCGAGUGGCCACUACGCUACCACCUCGCAGCCAUCUGCGAUCAGCUCCUCAUUUGUGCGACUUAUGCCUCCUUCUUCACUUCCAAGCGAUUCUCGCACUUUCUCUGCAAAGGCUAGUCGGGUUGACAACGGACUCCUCAGCCGUCUUUCCCGCAGCUCACGGCUGGACAAGUUCAUGCGUGUCCUGAGAGACAAGUGCCCAGUACACUUUGGUAACGUUGCCGUGCUUGUUCCGGAAGCCAAUCACAGGUGCACCGUGGAGGGCAGCGUCCCGAUGCAUCUCUAUAGGGAAUUCAAACUCAGUUUCUCGUUCGAACGUUACUCGUAUUGCUUUCAAUGUUGCUUGCCACAAUCUCAAAACGGAAACGGAGAGGAACCAGCAUGUCAUGCUGGCUUUUCGUACAAGCCAGGUGAUAAAUGUCCAUUCGCUGGCUUUAUUUUCAAGGCGGUCUUCUCCAUGUGGCACAGGGAAGGCUUCCGUAAGUUAAUGAUUCAGGACAUCGGUUCAGGAGAGCUGCUCGCGACCUACCCUCAGUUCUUGACUUGGAUAGUACAAGAAUCCUCCGAUGAAGGCAAAUACAUCAAUCUCAUAGAGGUAUUCCUGUGGUUCUGCAGCGAGCUGGAGAAAGCCAAGCCCAAAUUCUUUGCUUGA